CCCCUGCAGCCGGUACAGAUGGCAGCGCCCCAGUCUGCAUCCUUCUCCAGCACGGAGCUGCUCGUGGCCUCCGCUAUCUUCUGCCUGGUAUUCUGGGUGAUCAAGGCCUGGCAGCCUCGGGUCCCCAAAGGCCAGAAGAGUCCCCCAGGGCCCUGGGGCUGGCCCCUGCUCGGGCACGUGCUGACCCUGGGCAAGAACCCCCACUUGGCCCUGUCCCGGCUGAGCCAGCGCUACGGGGACGUGCUGGAGAUCCGCAUCGGCUGCACGCCCGUGGUGGUGCUCAGUGGUCUGGACACCAUCCGGCAGGCCCUGGUGCGGCAGGGCGACGAUUUCAAAGGUAGACCUGACCUCUACACCUUCACCUUGGUCACUGACGGCCAGAGCAUGACCUUCAACCCAGACUCUGGACCGGUGUGGGCCGCCCGCCGGCGCCUGGCCCAGAAUGCCCUCAACACCUUCUCCAUCGCCUCGGACCCAGCUUCCUCAUCCUCCUGCUACCUGGAGGAGCACGUGAGCAAGGAGGCCGAGGCCCUGAUUGGCCGGCUGCAGGAGCUCAUGGCCAGCGCCGGGCGCUUUGACCCCUACAACGAGGUGGUGAGGUCGGUGGCCAACGUCAUCGGCGCCAUGUGCUUCGGGCAGCACUUCCCCCAGAGCAGCGAGGAGAUGCUCAGCCUGGUGAUGAGCAGCCACGAGUUCGUGGAGACCGCCUCCUCCGGGAACCCGGUGGACUUCUUCCCGGUCCUGCACUACCUGCCCAGCCCCGCCCUGCGCAGGUUCAAAGACUUCAACCAGCGGUUCCUUCGGUUCCUGCAAAAAACAGUCCAGGAGCACUACCGGGACUUCGACAAGAACAGCAUCCAGGACAUCACGGGCGCCCUGUUCAAGCACAGCGAGAAGGGGUCCAGAGUCGACGGCAGCGUCAUCCCCCAGCAGAAGAUUGUCAACCUUGUCAACGACAUCUUCGGGGCCGGGUUCGACACAAUCACAACGGCCAUCUCCUGGAGUUUCAUGUACCUUGUGACAAAUCCUAAGAUACAGAGGAAGAUCCAGGAGGAGCUGGACGCAGUGAUUGGCAGGGCGCGGCGGCCCCGGCUCUCUGACAGACCGCAGCUGCCCUACAUGGAGGCCUUCAUCCUGGAGACCUUCAGGCACUCCUCCUUUGUCCCCUUCACCAUCCCCCACAGCACAACAAGGGACACGAUUCUGAAUGGCUUCUUUAUCCCCAAGGAACGCUGUGUCUUCGUAAACCAGUGGCAGGUCAAUCAUGACCAGGAGCUGUGGGGUGACCCCUUUGAGUUCCGCCCGGAGAGAUUCCUCACUGCCAGCGGCACCGCCAUCAACAAGACCAUGAGCGAGAAGGUGAUGCUGUUUGGCAUGGGCAAGCGCCGGUGCAUAGGGGAGGUCCUGGCCAAGUGGGAGGUCUUCCUCUUCCUGGCCAUCCUGCUGCAGCGGCUGGAGUUCAGCUUGCCCCCAGGCGUGAAGGUGGACCUCACGCCCACCUACGGGCUGACCAUGAAGCACGCCCGCUGCGAGCACUUCCAGGCGCGGCUGCGCUUCUCCAUCAAGUAA